UGCAAGUUCGUCCCUGUAAUGAGCGGAUGAGCCAGCUAUCUUGAAUAAAUAAGAAAAAGAGUCAGUGAGUUCAGGGCAGGUCAGUGGAGCAACUCUCCGCAGACUCUAACCUCACACACUAAAGUCCGUGUGAUUAGCAGGCACAGAGAUAUUUGUAUGCAGACCUCAGGUCAGCAGGCUCAGUGUUACAUCCUCAACGCUUACAACCAGACCUCACUGAAGACUCAUGGCUGAUGGGAAGAUGAUGGAGAUGGCAGAAGUUGGGGCGUCUCUUAUGACUUCAGAGUCAAAGCUACCUCCAGCCAGACCUCUUAACAAAUUUGAGAGGGUAUUUCAGCCUUGUCUGGGUGAGCUGGUGGGAACUACUUUCUUCGUUUUCAUCGGCUGUGUGUCGGUCAUAGAGAAUGUGGAGUCUACAGGGAGGCUUCAGCCAGCUCUGGUGCACGGUCUGGUUAUAGCCGUCAUGGUGACUUGUAUGGCUGAGAUCAGUGGAUCCCAUUUCAACCCACCAUUCACUCUGGCCAUCUAUCUGUGUGGAGGGAUGGAGCUGAACAUGGUGGCCCCAUAUCUUGUAUGUCAGUUGGUUGGAGGGGUGCUCGGAGCUGCGAUGGCGAAGGCAAUGACCUCGGGGGAGAACUUCGCCAAAGCCCACGGAGCUGCGUUUGCUGUGCUGCAUGAAGACAGUGAAGUAGGAAGAGCUGUGUUUGGAGAGGUCGCUAUGACGUGCCUGAUCACCAUGGUGCUGCUGCUGGGGGCAGUCAACACCAAGACCAAAAGUCCCAUGGUGCCAUUUUUGGUGGGCUGUACUGUUAUCUUCAACAUCUUGGCUGGUGGAGAUGUAUCUGGCACCUGUAUGAACCCAGCCAGAGCCUUCGGUCCGGCCGUAGUGAGCAACUACUGGGUUUACCACUGGGUCUACUGGGUGGGACCCAUCGCAGGAGGUCUAAUAGCUGCCGUACUGGUUCGACUCCUGCUUGGAGACAGGAAGAUUCGACUCAUUCUGAAAUGAGACACGAACUUAGUUGAGAUAAAUCGUGAGAUUACUUUAUCAUCUACAGUUACAAUAUUACCCCUUCUUUUGUUCCACUGAGAUGUUUGUGUACAAUAAUGCUGUCUUUGCUAUACAAUAAAGUUGGACUUUUUCACAUAAUUAAA